AAUCUAUCUCAUCUAAUAUCCUCCAAAUGUGCUUGUAUUGUUGGGUCUUUGUUGGUAAGCAGAUGUUUUUUUGCUUUGGACAAUCAAUUCGAUUUAAGUUGGUAUUACUUCAUCUAAGUUAAACUGAUUUGUUCAUGCUCUUGGUUUCUUCUUCAAAUCUCUCGUUUUUAAGUUCACUGCUUUAUCAUCCUAGACAAAGGUUUAAUCUCUUAUUUUAAUGUUCACUUUAGCAAGCCACUCGAUUUAAUUGAUUAUGUUUUGCCAACAGAGACUUUGCCAUGACUCUGGCUCACUGUUUUGCAGGCGCAUGCAUUUACUGCUUGAAUGGCUGCUCCACGCCUCCUGCCACGUCCAGUGCCAUGCUUCACAGCCGACGAGAAUCCGAUGCACAACGCAUUUGCCUCCGUUUAAUGACUCACGUGCAUUUGAUAAGUGCUUGGCGUCCGCGAGGCGCGUGUUUCCUUUUUGGCGGGUAAUAUUAAUAUAUACAUCUCAUGCCCUUAAAAAACAACAACAAAGAAAGUGCUCUGUUCCACUGCACGAAGAAGUCCGCAGACGAACAGAGGCAGGCACAGCGACGAGCUCUGGGCUCUCAUUAUAGGGUUCAGCUUCCUUCCUCGUUGCAACUUCCGUCCUUCGUUCUUCCCCUUCCGCUCUUGUUCUUCCAUUAUUUUUGGAUUUUUAUCCCAGUUGCUACUUUUUUUUUUGGUUAUUCUGGUGAGGAUAGAUGGCCCUCUUUAUCGACAUGAUUGCUGCGGAUUGGAGAAGCUUUUCUCUGGUUUUCGCCAACUCACGGUGGUGGAGCUGUUAGGGCUUUCAAUGUGCCCCCCAUUCCUUGUCGUAGUGGAAGAAAAGUCGGAGUUCUUCGUUUUUUUUAGCUGCUAACGUCUUUGUUUCCCUCGAAAAGCUGCUAUCUUUGCUGCUCGUGACUGGAAUCUUUGCAAAAGCUGCCUUUGCUAUGAUCUAAUCGCUCUCGGAGGAGCGUGCUUCUGUGUUGGAUGGUAGAUCUCACCUACUAGACCAAGUUGAGAUAGCGCAGGUCAAUUUGGGUGAAGCAGCAGCAAAUAGGAUUUUACAAGUUCUUUAGUUCUCCUUGUCUGUUUCAGUUUUACCAGUGGUUGAAGAUAAAUGGAUCUCCUCGUAAGAAUUUCUGCACUGCUUUUCCUUUUCAUUCCUUGCUUCGGGCAGCUUCCUUCACCGGAUAUACUGGCGCUUCUGGCGUUCAAGAAAGGUAUAACACAUGAUCCCACAGGAUUCGUCGUCGGAUCCUGGAAUGAGGAGUCCAUCGACUUCAAUGGCUGCCCAGCGUCCUGGAAUGGUAUUGUCUGUAAUGGUGGGAAUGUGGCGGGUGUUCUCCUUGAUAACCAUGGUAUUUCUGGCUACGCUGAUCUGUCUGUCUUUGCUAACCUCACCAUGCUUUUGAAGCUCUCCAUGGCAAAUAAUAACCUUUCUGGUAGCUUGCCUGAAAGCAUCUCUGAUCUGAAGAACUUGGAGUAUCUUGACAUUUCCAAGAAUGCCUUCUCGGGGGAGUUACCUGCAGGUCUUGGGAAGCUUCACAGCUUGCAGAACUUAUCCUUGGCUGGAAACGAAUUCACAGGGUCUAUGCCCGUCACCAUUGGCGGAUUGACUUCUAUCAAGUCUCUUGAUUUGAGCCGCAAUUCUCUAACCGGUCCUUUGCCUGAUACUCUUACUAGUCUCAGUAACUUGGUUGCAUUGAAUCUGUCCUACAAUGUUUUUAGUAAAAACAUUCCAUCUGGGUGGGAACUGAUUAACACUCUGGAGUCAGUUGAUCUCAGCUGGAAUCAGCUUGAUGGUAGUGUCAAUUGGAACUUUCUUAUGCAAUCUUCUAGUGUUAUCCAUGUUGAUUUCAGUGGGAAUCUGCUUACUUCGACCCCCAGGGAGUUGAAGUCUUUGUCAGAUAUCUCAGAGACGAUCAAGUAUUUACAUCUCAGCAACAACAGAUUGAGUGGAUCACUGAUUGGAGUUGGGAUUUCUACUUUUGGGAGCUUGAAGGUGCUGGAUUUAAGUUCCAAUCAGUUAAAUGGUGAGCUACCUGGGUUUAAUUAUAUAUAUGAUCUCGAGAUUCUGAGAUUGGGGAAUAAUGGAUUUAGUGGUUUCCUACCUGGUGGACUUCUCAAAGGUGACUCUUUGGUUUUACGUGAAUUGGAUUUGAGUGCAAACAACCUAACAGGACAUAUAAAUAUGAUCACCUCAACAAGUUUGCAAAUCCUUAAUCUUUCUUCUAAUGCCCUUUUCGGUGAACUUCCAGUGGUGCAAGGAACCUGUUCAGUGCUUGAUCUAUCAAACAAUCAGUUUACUGGCAAUUUAUCACUUGUUGCAAAGUGGGGAAAUGACCUCAAGUAUAUUGAUCUUAGCAGAAAUCAUCUGACAGGGCACAUACCAGAUAUAACCUCGCAGUUUCUUCUACUUAGUUAUCUUAACCUUUCUCAUAAUGCUUUGAUAGAUGAUCUCCCUGCUGUUCUCAUUCAGUACCCAAAACUUACUGUGUUAGAUAUCAGUUUCAAUAAGCUUGGGGGACCUAUUCUAAAUGACCUACUAAGCUCCUCCACAUUGCAAGAGCUUCAUAUUAAGAACAAUAUGUUCUAUGGUAAUAUCACUUUGUCGUCAUCUUUUUCCAACCAGUCCAAUCUUCGUGUGCUUGAUAUAUCAGCUAACCGAUUUGAUGGUAGUUUUCCUGAAAGCCUUGGGUCUUUGACUAUGCUCCGAGUCCUAGAUAUUUCUACAAACAAUUUUUCUGGUGUAUUAUCACCUGUUCUAACAAAACUCUCCUCUCUCACUUCCCUUGAUAUCUCCCUUAACCAUUUCUCUGGUUCUUUGCCAUCGACACUGCCUGAUACACUUGUAUACUUCAAUUGUUCGUACAAUGACCUAUCAGGAACAGUUUCAGAAAACCUUAGAAAGUUCUCAGAGUCUUCAUUCCAUCCAGGAAAUUCCAGAUUAGAGUUUCCAAGUGGUUCAUCUGGAUCUCGUAGCUCUUCAUUGGUGAAUCGUGAUCACAGAUCAGUCAAAACAUUUGUCAUUGCAGGGAUUGUCACUGCUUGUGUAGUGGCUGCAGUUAUUCUGAUCCUCUUGGUUAUCAUCAUGUGUUGUUUGAGAGCUUCCAGGGGAUCUGGAUCAGAUAAGCUUUCUGACAAGAAUCUCCAUAACCGAAGUUUUCCACGAAGUAGAGAAUCUGGUGGGUCACUUGUAUCUGCUGAAGACCUUAUUGCUCCUCAAAAAGAUUCUUCGUCGGAGAUACUCGAUCCAGAUGAGAAAAUGGCUAUGGUUGCUGGAUUUUCACCAUCGAGGAAAAGUCGCUUUUCGUGGUCACCAGAUUCUGGCAACAUGUAUACUCAACAAAAUCUUGGAAGACUGGAUGUUCGUUCGCCAGACAGGUUGGCUGGUGAUUUACAUUUUCUGGAUGAAUCAAUAAUCCUAACUCCAGAUGAAUUAUCUAGAGCACCCGCCGAAUUGUUGGGAAGGAGUAGUCAUGGAACUUCUUAUAGAGCAACCCUGGACAAUGGAGUUUACUUGACAGUGAAAUGGCUUAGGGAAGGAGUGGCAAAACAGAAGAAGGAAUUUGCCAAAGAGGCGAAGAAAUUUGCAAACAUCAGGCAUCCAAAUGUGGCGUCAUUGCGAGGGUACUACUGGGGGCCUACUCAGCAUGAGAAACUUCUCUUGUCAGAUUAUGUCACACCAGGAAGCCUUGCGGGCUUUGUAUAUGACCGGCCAGGACGGAAAGGCUCUCCGUUGACAUGGGCUCAGCGUCUCAAAAUUGCCGUUGACGUUGCACGCGGCCUGAACUAUCUCCAUUUUGACCGAUCCACCCCUCACGGCAAUCUCAAAGCCUCCAACAUACUACUCGAUGGUCUGGACCUCAAUGCACGCGUUGCUGAUUACUGCCUUCAUCGCCUGAUGACUCAAUCAGGCACAGUUGAGCAAAUUCUCGACGCUGGGGUGCUGGGCUACCGCGCGCCUGAGCUGGCUGUGUCCAAGAAGCCGUCCCCCUCCUUAAAGUCGGAUGUCUAUGCCUUUGGUGUGGUUCUCUUGGAAUUAUUGACGGGUAGGUGUGCAGCAGAUGUGGUCUCCGGAGAGGAAGGAGCAGUGGACCUUGCCGUUUGGGUAAGGUCGCGGGUGGCGGAAGGUCAAGGAUCCGACUGCUUUGAUCCAACAAUGAAUGCAGAAAUGGCAAAUCCAGUCGCAUCCAAGGGGAUGAAAGAGAUGCUUGGGGUUGCGAUGAGGUGUAUCCGGCCGCUCUCCGAGCGACCAGGUAUCAAGUCUGUGUAUGAGGAUCUCUCAUCCAUAUGAAGCUAGCAGUUUAAUUUGCGCUUAAAACAUAGAUUUGGCUUUGGCAAAUGCAAUUUCAAUAGAUCUGCUUACAUUAGUCCAUGUAGCUUCUUGUUGUUUAGAAAAUAGCUCUGGAGUGGUGGCUACUAAUUUAAAGCCAUGCUUACUGGUGAAAUUUUGAUGCUGAUGAUUCGGUGGCCAUUGAUUUGUCUUUGUA